AUGGCCAUUCAGUACGGAACUGGUUCAAUGAAAGGUUUCAUCUCUAAGGAUAACGUCUGCAUCGCCGGAAUCUGUGCUUCGGAACAGCCAUUUGCUGAGGCAACAAGUGAACCCGGUCUUACUUUUAUCGCAGCGAAGUUUGAUGGAAUUCUUGGCAUGGCCUUCCCAGAAAUCGCUGUUCUUGGAGUAACCCCAGUAUUCCAUAACUUCGUUGAGCAGAAGAAAGUAGCUAGCCCAGUCUUUGCGUUCUGGCUGAACAGAAAUCCCGAAUCAGAACUUGGAGGCGAAAUCACUCUUGGAGGAACGGAUAGUCGCCGAUAUGUUGAACCAAUCACCUGGACCUCUGUAACCCGUCGUGGUUAUUGGCAAUUCAAAAUGGACUCGGUCCAAGGUGGCUCGUCAUCAAUCGCUUGCUCUAAUGGAUGCCAAGCCAUCGCUGACACUGGUACUUCCCUUAUUGCUGGGCCAAGGGCUCAGGUUGAAGCCAUUCAGAAG